CACCUCAAUUGACACAUAAACGCUGCCUAAGAUCUCUCUCUUUCCUGAUCCCACACCAUCUGGGACGCACGCCGACUCUUUGAAAUUUCGCAGGUACAAUCGACCGCUGCAUCUCAAUUCACCCAUAAAUGCUGCCUAAAAUCUCUCUUUCUUGUCCACACAUUACCUAGGACGCACACCGACUCUUGAAGUUUUCGCAGCUAAUAUCGACCGCUGCAUCUCAAUUGAAACGUAAAUACCGCCUACGAUCCCACUCUUCUCACGGCGACAACCACUGACCACACCCUCCACUUCUCCACUCAGAUCCUUGGGUAUCGCCGCAAAAUGGCUCGCCGCAAUCCCAAAGCUGCCAAAUCACCAGAGAAACCCGGAAAGGACAAUGCAAAGCGUCCACCUUCGCCCUCCACCUCGAAUCAACCCACGAGUCGCAAAAAGCCGUGCACCAAGAAGAACACCGACAGGGUCGAACUGUCACAGCCUUCAGAUGAGGUAAAGACAAAAAACACAUCAGAUUCGAAGUCCAAUGCUCCGGCCACUUCUUCAGCUUGUCCACUUGCGAGGUUUCCUGGCCUGGAAGAUUGGGAAGAAUCCGGCGACUCCAAAAAAGUGCUCUCUUCCCCAUCUACUGGAACCCAAAACGCUGCAGAUGAAUUGAUCAAAGACGAGAAAAUGACAGAUGUUACUCCGACAGAACAAUUGGAUGCCACGGCGGGCUCCACCGACGAUACUACCGACAACAUGGAGUCGAUGGGACAGGAAAAAGCGAUUUUUCAGGAAGCAGCUGGAUCGACAAAGCAAGAACAGGAAAUGGAUGGCAUCAAACGAGAACUCCCACUUAGACUCGAUCGUCGCGAAUGGGAUGAACGCGCCAUAUUGUUUUUCGGCAACCAAGGCGAAUGGGGAUGGAUGUCCAACUCCUACCCCUCCACUUUCCGAAUCCAUGGUCUCACGUACCUAAGUAUGGAGCAAUAUUACCAGUAUGAGAAAGCCCGACUGUUUAGAGACUAUGACGCAAUGAAGGCAAUUUUCGAAUCUGCAUCACCAUCCAACGCAAAGCGAUGGGGUAAAAAGGUAAAGAACUUCGACAAAGUGCGAUGGAACAGAGUCUUCCCCACCUGUAUGCAAUGUGGUCUACUCGCCAAAUUCAAACUCGGGGAGAAUGCGAAGGAACUCCAGGAAAAGCUAGUCGCCACUGGCAAAGCGCCCAUCUAUUCCUGCAACCCCUCGGAUAAGCGUUGGAGCGUGGGUCUCAGUGUAGCUCAAGGAAAGCGCUUUUUGGAAAACCGAUCCAAAGCCGCCGGGUCGUCCCAUUGGCCCGGUCGAAACUAUCUCGGAAAGUACCUGAUGCUCGUGCGGAAAGAUUUGGUGGAGGAAGCGAGAGAAAAGGGAAACGCAGGCCUACUCGAGAUCUUCGAGAACGCGAAGUUGGGACGCGGAGCUCCACCCAACAUCAUGAAAAGGGACAACAAAUGGGAUGAUACUGGAGACGAAGAAAUGCUUGAUCGGAACGCAGACAACGAGAACGAGAAAAUGGACUUGGAUGGAGAUGAGUACAGAUAUAAGGAGACGAAAGAGGGCAUCAAGGCCGAGGAUGUGGAUGAUGGAGUCAAGGUCAAGGCUGAAGAGAAUGAUGAAGUCAAGAUCAAGGCUGAAGAGGAUGAACAUUGA